CUCUCUCUCUCUUUCUCUCUUUCUGUAGCUGCCAGACCCACCGGACCAGACUGCGGGGAAAACUACUGAGGUUCAGAAGAUAGUUGGCACGAUCAAUCACACUCCGAGGCACCUUGUCCACGGCAAGGCACAACAACAGCAGUUCACCGGUUGGGUAUCGAGGGGGGGCACGCGACCGGGCAUGGCAUGCCGUCGAUGUCGGAGCCGGGGUGUCUGCUGGUACUAGCAGCCGGGACAGAACACCGCCGAAACAAGAAUGUCUCGAAGGAGGAAGAGGAGGAGAAGGAGGAAGAGACCGUUACAUCCGCUCACCCCAACCCCUCUAGAGCCGCGGCGCGAUCGCACCCGAGCAGGCUUAGGGAGCACCGGCGGCUAUGGUCGGCAGGGAGAUGCGCGCUGACUUCACGGCCCCCCGGAGUAGUUGGCUGUGCGAGGGCGGCAGCACCAGAAGUCGGCGGCGACGGACCCAGCCCAGAACGGACGGUAGCACCGGGUGCAGCAGGCUGCGGCGGGUGGCUCGACCGUUGUCUCUCGCCCGAUGGAACACACAGAUCGAUUAAAAGAAGAGCUGGGAGUGAACAAGAGGUGGUUGAUCGGAUAUAUUCCGCCGGGCGUUGCGACGGAGGGCGUUCAGGACUGCAGCCUCAGCCAAAUCAGCGGCGGCGGCGGCGGCCCGUUACCAAAGGACCGGUCGCCACCGUCGCCGCCGCCGCCGCCGCCGCCGGUGGCAAAAGCGGCAGCAGCGGCAGCUGGCAUCCUCCUGCGCUUCUUGCGGGGGGACUGCUGGCCGCCGUUGUGCUCUUGUCGCCGGCCGGUGCGGGCGCGACGAUACCGCCGUCGCCGGCGCCGUUUGCGAUCUCGGAGGCGUUACGGGCGGGGACCUUGGGGCAGCACCAUAAUCCCCCCAGGGAUGCACUCUCUCGCGACGGGGGCGGCCCGCAUCAGUUUAUGUUUGGAGGGGGGGGUGGGGGGGGGAGUCGCAGCUAUGGGGACGGAGAGGGGGGUGACGGGGCGGCAGUGCGCAGGUCAAUGGCCGUGUCAGAAAAGGGCAAGGUCGGCUCGAGCAGUGACAGCGGCGGCGGGGAGGGGGGUGACGGUAGUCGGGGGACAAAGAAGGAGGAUACCACGCAGCCGAAAGCUUUGGAGGCGCUGGUAGUCGGGGGCAACUUCACGCUAAACGGGAAGAGCACCAACGUCGCCCAGUACGACCCUGUCAGCGAGAGCUGGUACUCUCGCUUCGAGCCUCAGCUGUACCUGUACGGAAAGGCCGCGGGAAUGGUGUCGGACCUGGCCGUGUGGCGUGCUGGAAGUCACGACGCCAACCCAUACGACCUGCUAUACGUCGUUGGGGCGUUCGAUACCAUCUGCAAGGCCUGCCAGCAGCAGUACUGCAGCGCGGGCGUGUGGACGGGGCAGGUGUUCGACAAGGCGGGUGGAAUCGGCGAUGGACUCUGCGGCGUGCCUCGGGCAACAGACUCCGCCAUGAAGAUGUUCGCAUCGGAGCUGACCCCGAGGGGAAAUUUCUUCGUGGGUGGCACCUUCGAGAGCCGGGUCUGGAGCGGGGAGAAGUUCGUGGACGUGCGAAACGUGGCUGUAUACCAGCCCCGCAAGAACGCCUGGCUGCCACUACAGAAGAACACGGGCGGCGGCCUCGGGUGCAACUGGGCGGAGGCUCGCGUGAUGAGCCUGGCGUGGAACGACGAGGACCAAGUGUUGUACAUCGGAGGCAAGUUUAACCUCGUCGAUAGCGAGUACAUCCAGCCAGGCCUAGCUAUCUGGAGCAACGACACCGGUAUCGCAGCUUUUCCAGGCGGCGGGGUUAGCUUCGACACGCCAUGGUGGGGGGAUUCGUCUUGGGUGUUCGACGGAGUGGUCACGUCCCUCACUUACGACGCAGCCACCCGCAGUCUGUACGUCGCCGGUGCCUUCGACAGGGUCAACGGGGAGGCCCCUUGCCAAAGCAUCGCCGUGUGGAAGGUGGACGAGGGGUCAUGGGCCUGCCUCCACGAGACUAGCCACGGCUUCUCCGUCGUCACCUCCCUCCUCUACACCGGCAGCAUGCUCUAUGUCGCCGGGGUGCCCGACGAGGACUCUUCCUGGGCAGAUACGUGGAGAGCCGGCUACGGCUACGCCGUCGAGAGCGGUAGCGACAGCGGUAGCGUUAGUAGCGGCGGUGGUGCGGUCAACGCGACGCGGUACACGAUCGCUCGGAUGAGCCAGAGCCCGAUGCGCUUCCACGGGAAGUACGAGAAGUGGGGGGGAGGGGAUGGGGCGGAAAAUGCUGGGGAGGAGGACGAGAAGGAGAAGGAAAAGGAAGGGUCAUCUUCAAAGCGGCAUCCCAGUGGCGCCCCACGCUCGUGGCCACGAAACCUGCGCCGACAAGACGGCGACGGCGGCGGCGGCGGCGGCGAUCCAUCGUCUUCUUCCCACGAAACUGACGCUGCCCGCGCCGCCACAUCAUCCGGCGCCGACAGCACCAUCUCAAGUUCUAGCGCCACCGGCGGUGGCGGUGGCGGUGGCGGCGGCGGCGGCGGCGGCGGCGGCGGCAGCAGCACCGAGCUCGGCGGGGAUUCCCGGGGCGGGAAGGUGUACUACGCGCCCACAGGCGGGGUGAACUGCACCGCCUCGUCCACAGAAACCAAUGCUACGGCCGGCGGCAGCGGCAGCAGCACAGGCCGGAAGAGCGGUGAUGGGGAGAAGGGGGACCAUGGAGCGUACAAGCCCAUGUGUGGUGUUGACGUAGUCGUUAGCCCGGGAGGAGACGACAAGUACAGGUUUUACUGGGAGUGGCUGCCCGCGUUUUCCGGAGUACCCGGGCGAAUCAACGAGCUCGGCGGCGGGGAGGGCACCUUCGUGGACAGCGUCUUCAUCGGGGGCGAGUUCACUCCCCCGGUCCUUGUCUGGAGGAACGACCCGCACAUCGGACCUUCCACGACGGCCAUCGGGGCGGAGGGAGAGCUGAAGGGCUCCGUCACUUCCAUCACCCAUAUGCUGCUACCUCCGCCGGGCAAAACAUCUGGGGGAACUUCGGAGUCUGGCGGAGCCGCUGCUGGGGUAGCAGCUCACGCUGACGACGAGGACAGCGGGACACUCACACCGGGCCAGGAGAACGAUAAUCACGCGCUGCUGAUGGCGAUGGUGCUGGCGUGCAUGGCCCUUGGGGUGUGCCUCGGUGCGGGCAUGGCGUUCGUUUGCCACCAGCAGGAGUUCAUGAACCUGCCGUGGCUCAAGCACAUUGUGGAGGGUCGAAAUGGUAUCUCCCUCACCACCCUGGCCGGACCACACGGCCUAAUGGCCGGCGCCGACGCCGAGUUCCGCCUGAGGUUCGACAGGGCAAUGCAGGCGCGGCACCUCAUGAAGGGGCACAACCUGAACAUCAUCAACCCCAAGGAAAUCAUGCUGCACAAGAUCAUCGGUGAGGGAAGCUUCGGCCGGGUUUGGAGCGGUCACUGGCGAAGCAGCAGCGUGGCGGUGAAGGAGUUCGUGUUCGCUCAGGCGGCAAUUUCUGGGGGGUCCUUUCAGCGUAACGAGCUGAUCGAAGAGAUCGUGGGGGAGGCCGCCAUCAUGAGCGUCCUACAGCACCCUCGGAUCCUUCAUCUGUACGGGUGCUCGCUGACAUCUCAGGCCAUCUGGAUCGUGAGCGAGCUCUGCCCCCGAGGCAGUCUGAGGCAGGUGCUCGACGACAGGGGGACGUCGCUAACCCCUAGGGCUAGGCUGCGGGUGGCGGUGGACGUCGCUGAGGGGAUGUUGUACCUGCACAGCCGAGAGGAACCGGUGAUCCACCGCGACCUGAAGAGUCACAACAUCUUCAUGAUGGAGGACCGAGACGGGCAGCUCCAGCCCAAGAUCGGCGACUGGGGGUCAGCUCGGGCGUUGGCGCUCUACACCGGGGUGCGCAGCAUGACCCACGGGGUCGGGACGACUUGCUGGCUGGCGCCGGAGGUGAUCAAGGACGCCAAGAGCAGUGAGAAGGCCGACGUGUACGCCUUCGGGAUACUGCUGUGGGAGCUGGCCACUCGGGAACAGGUGUACUCUGGGCUGUCAGCGGCUCAGAUUAUUGACCGCGUGGCCAACCAAGGGCUUCGUCCAAAGGCUCCCCGAGGCUGCCCUUGGAGCAACCUCAUGGUCAAGUGCUGGCAGGAGGACCCCCAAAAGAGGCCAGACUUCCGAGAGAUCGUGGACGUGUCCACGGCCCUGCUGGAGACGAUAGGAGGGGCCCCGCCGAACCCGGACGGAGGAUCGAGGUCCCUGGAAGACCAUGGUGCCGCACCCCUCAUGACGCCGGUCACCGACACCGGCAGUAGGUCAAAGGGGGGCUCGAGGCACACACAGCACCACCGCCACAAGUCCGGCAAGUCCAGCAGCAGGUCGGGGGGAUCGGGCACCACGCCUCUGUCUCUGUCGUCGUUUCCCUACGCCGACGGGGCUUGGGGUUACACCACCAUCAGCAGCAACAAUUCUUCGUUGGCGAGCGGGGGCGGGGGAGGGGGCGGGGGCGGGGGCGGGGGGCGCAGCAGCAAGUCGAGGUCUAAGCGCUCCUCCAGCCGGAGGCAUCACAAGCACCAGCAGGGGGGCUCCGGCGAAGUGGGCGCCGGCGGCGGGGGCGGCAGGAGAAGGUUGAACAGCAGCCACAAGAGCAGCACCGCUGUUGAUAGUGGCGGUGUCAACGGGGGAAAGGAUGGCGCCAACGGUAGCGGUAGCGGUGGCAGGAGUGGGCACUUGGAAUCGGCUGCUGUAGCUGGAGGGCUUGCCGAAGGCGACGUAGUGAGGGCGGCGGUGGAGGGUGAUCACCAUCAUCAGCAGCAGCCGCAGCAGCAGCAGGAACCGUCGGAAGACUUGUUCAACCUCACCGCCGCGGUCCCGGACGAGCGACUCAUGCUUUUGGGAGACGAGGACGCAGUGUCGUGGGCGGGCGAGGGCUGGGCUAGUGGUGACGGCGGCCGCACGGGCGGCGGCAGUGGCGACGGCAGCGGUACCCCCGGCCGUUACCUGAGCGGAAACGAGGCAGACACGGAGCUGUGACGGGCAGCAAGUAGUCGUGCUUGGAAGCGGCGACGGGGCCACGCAGCCGGCCACCUGUUACCGCCCCCGCCCCCUAUUGCACUUUUGAGUCGUUCGGUGGGGGGCGGGAAGCGAUCAGUGUUUGUUGUUUUGUUUGAGAGGAAGUAAGUGCCGGAGGUGCGCUCUGAUUGCGCUUCAGACGGUGUGCUUCGUGUUGUCCGGGGUUGGGCUGGAUGACAGUUCGGUCGUGGCUUUUCAGACCAAGCAGCGGCCGGUAUUUAUUUGCUGAUCCGAGGUUGUAGAGGGACGUUGAAGGUUCAAGGGUUGCCGCGUACAUGUAAGACACACAUUUUGAGGUUUUUUCGUGCGCGGCGAGAGUGGCCAAUCAAGCACGUCCGAGCGGCGGCAGUUGGAUCCAUUGGACAUGUAGCAACGAGAAGGACCUUCGAGCCGCCGCGGGCCAGUCGAUGUCGAGUUUAGAAAAGGCAAAAAAUAGACGGAAGAUGCAGGCACCCUAUAACUAAAUAGAGAGUGUGCCGCCUUUGCAUAGUCCAUUGUUCCCUGGCCUUGAUGGGUCAGGUGGAUGGCGCACUAUUGCUGCCCCCCCCCCCNCCCCCCCCCCCCCCCCCCCCCUCCAGCUAGAAUCAAAAGUACUCGCUUACACAGCAAAUUGUUUGGAGAAGGGCGUCACGUUUCGAAGGAGGUAAAGAGAAGGUCGUGUGCAAACCUCGUCCUCAUCCCAAUCCCAUCGGAGGAGUCCAAGAGCUGCGUCGUGCCUCCCGCUACCGGAGUAAGGCCACGAUGGGAAUAACGCUGUCAGGAGGACACACCUUCCUCGUUUUGUUGUGCGGCAUGAGGGGGGAGGUGAGUCAACCUUCUUGGCGACGAUAAUUUUCGGAGAAGGACAAGACGACGCCUUUGCAGCCGUGCUGCUGCUGCUG